AUGGCAUCAGAAAAGUACCUCGUGACGGGCGGCUGCGGCUUCCUGGGCAGCCACAUUGUCGAGAAGCUCCGCGCGGCGUACCCGACCGCUGCCAUCGCCGUCUUCUCGCGCAACCCGACGACCAAUACCUUCCCCGGCGUGACGUACCACGCCGGCGACAUUGCGUCACUCGACGACGUCGCCAGGGUGUUUCAGGAAGUGAAGCCGACGAUGGUGUUCCACUGCGCGGGCAUGAUGACGGUGGGCCGCAAGGUCAUGACGGACGCGUUUGUGAGGGCGAUCAACGUCGACGGGACGAGACACGUGCUGGAUGAGGCGAAGAGGGCUGGGGUGAAGGCGUUUGUUACGACGAGCAGUGCCAGUGUGGUGCAGAGGGAGAUGUUUCGGGAUAUCGAGGGGGGCGAUGAGAGGAUGCCUAUUGCUGAGGAGGGGGAUGAUACGUUGGCAUAUCCCAAGACCAAGGCCGCCUCGGACAAGAUGACGCUCGAGUACGACGACCCGUCCGGCAUGCGCACCUGCACCCUCCGCCCCGCCGCCGUCCACGGCGAACGCGACAAUGACAUCACGCCUGCCAUCAUCCGCAACCUCCGCCUCGGCCGGAACAAGAUGCAGAUCGGCGCCAACAAGAACCUCUUCAGCACGACCUACGCCGGCAACGCCGCAGACGCGCACCUCGCCGCGGCAGCCAAGCUCCUCCAGGCGCCCCAGGGCGUCGCGGGCGAGGCCUUUUUCAUCACCAACGGCGAGCCGGUGCCGUUUUGGGACUUUAGCCGCGCCGUGUGGCGGGCGGCUGGGGACGAGACGAGGAUCGAGGAGGUGCGGGUUGUGAAUACGACGUUUGCGUUGGCGUAUGUGUGGGCGCUCGAGUGGGUGUAUUGGUUCCGGGGGGAGGUGCCGCCUUUGACGAGGCAGGUUGUGCGGUUUUCGGGGAUGAGCAGGUGGUAUGUUAUUGACAAAGCCAAGGCGAGGUUGGGGUGGAAGCCGGAGGUGAGUCAGGAGGAGGGGAUUCGGAGGGCUGUGGAGUGGUAUCUUGAGAAGGAGAAGAGAGAGGCCGCGAGCGCGAUUUAG